AAUCAUUAGUACUAUUUCGAUCGCGGGAAGGAAAGGUGUACAAAAUCCUCAAAAUGAACAAGUUCUUAAUUCUGGCCCUGUGUCUGGGUGUGGUCGCUGCAGAUUUCCAGGCUAGACAAAAACGCGAUGAUUUUUAUGGCCGCCACAACGCUGCCCACCAGCAGGCGAUAGAGCAGGCCCGCAAGAAUGCCGGCUAUGGAUCGAGUGGCUACUACGGUGGAUCCGCUGGUCAAUAUGACUCCUCCGCCGGAAACUUGGGCAACUUGGAGAGCUCCUACGAGUCUGUGGGAGUGACCGAGUCCGCCGCUGGUGCCGGAUCCGGUGGCAGCUCUGUGGACUCCAUUGGUGGAGCUGCCGGAACUCAGUUCGGCUCUGUGGACACCAUUGGUGGUGCUGCCGGAACUCAGUUCGGCAGUGGAAGCUCUUACGGCGCUAAUAGCGGUGCUGCCUUCGGUGCCGGCUUUGGUGCCCAGAACGCCGCUUCCUUUGGCUCCCAGAGUGCCGCCAACUUCGGCUCCUCCUUCUCCAGCAACGCCGCCUUCCAGACCAGCCACGCCGCCAACUUCGGUGCCUCCUCCGCCCACCAGGCCGGCAGCAAUGUUGAGUUCUCGGACAACUCGAAUGCCGGCACUAAGGUAGACUUCGGCGGUGCCAAUACCUUGGAUGUGGUGAGCGGUGCUGCCCCCGUUUCCAGUGGAAACGUGGAGUAUGUCCGCCAGGAGAAGAUCGUGUCUGCUCCAGCCCAGCGCAUCGUCUACUCUGCCCCCGCCGCCUCUGAGCAGUAUGUGCGCCACGAGGAGCGCAUUGUGAAGCAGCAGCCCCAGGUGCAAAUUGUGCAGCAGCCCGUGGAGACCGCCCACUACUACCAGCGUAAAGUGACCACCACCGCCUCGGCGCCCCAGCUGGUGCAGCCCGCUUCCUCCCGUCUCGUCGCCAACAGCGCCUCCAACUUCGGCAGCAACUCCGCCUUCAGCUCCCAGUUCGGCAGCUCUUUCGGCCAGAACUCCGCUUUCAACACCGGCUUGAGCCAGAAUGCCGCUCUGUCCUCCGGAUUCGGCCAGAACUCUGCCCUGACCUCCGGAUUCGGCCAGAACUCCGCCCUGUCCUCCGGCUUCGGCCAGAACGCCGGACUCACCGCUGGCUUUGGCCAGAACGCCGCUCUGUCUUCGGGCUUUGGCCAGAACUCCGCUUUCUCCGCAGGCUUUGGCCAGAACGUUGGAUUGAACUCCGCCUUCAAAAACUCCCAGGUGUCGCAGCUCAUUAGCCAGGCCCAGCAGAAUGCCCGCCAGCAGGCCGCCUCCGGAUCAUACACCAGCGGCUCUGGACUCUCCUCCGCCAACCAGGUGCAGGGCGGCAGUGGCUUCCAGUCCGGCAGUGGUUACCAAACCGGCUUCAACUCUGGCUUCAACUCGGCCAGCUCCUUGAACUCGGCUAGCUCCUUGAACUCUGCCAGCUCCUUGAACUCCGGCAGUAGCUUGGGCGCUCUCGUCACUGGUGAUCAGUCCCUUCUUAGCGGAUCUCUGCUCGGCUCUGGAUCCAAUGUUGGACUGGGUCUUAACGCGGGUCUGACCAGCGGCCAGCAGGCUGGCAGCUUUGGCGCCGGAUACGGAGCCGGAGCCGGUAAUGCCGGCAGCAACUACCAGACCAAGCAGUGGGAGAAGCAGUCCAAGUGGUCCUCCCAGUCUCAGUUCGAUUCUGAUGGCAAUGUGAAGAACUACAGGGAUCUGGCCACCGGAGAGAGCGAGAACGUGAAUCUCAAUGGCAAGAAGUUCGGCUACAACGCCGCCACCGCCUCUGUCGAUGACAACGGCAAGAUCGGCACCUACAGUGUUCACUCGUAAAUGGUGGACAGUCACUAAUCGAAGCUAGAAACCUUUCGUGUUCUUAGGAGGUGGCUUAGUCCACUUUAAAUGUUUUUGUAAAUUAAUGAGAAAUAAAAAAUUAAAUAUAAAUAAUU